UUGAGAGCCAGAGUUACUGGGCUGCAAUUGGGAUUAGAAUUCAGAAUUCUGCAUCGGAUGUAUCCGUACUUUUCCGAAUUUGAGCGAUUCUGAUUUCGGGGCCUUGACCUUGGCCACGGUAGACUUCAGAAUUUGUGAUGUAGUCAUGUGGUAGACUUGAAAGUUAGAUAGAAAAGCCUCCGGCAGUCCGGCACUCAUAUGAACAAGAGCUAAAUCCCCGUAAUGGAAUUCUAAUUCCAUGCCUUCACAUGAACCAGAGCUGUCCUUUUAAAUCCUACCAUGAAACUACUAAAAUCUUUCUCUAACCAUGAAACUACUCUCGAGAUCAUUUUUCCAAAUCUGCAAACCCAUCUCCACUGCAUUCAAUUCUAUCAACCACAGACCUUUUAAUUCUCGUUUGGUUAUUUAUUAUACCCUUUCUACUGAUUGUGGUUCAACUGCAAAGCAUAUAUCACCAAACCCAGUUCAGCAAGUCACCAAAACUAAGGCAUUCUCUUCUCAGAAACUUAAAAAGAGUCGAACUAAAACCUCCCAACUUCACUCAAACCAGGGCCUUUUCUUCUGCAAGCCCGAACCCAUCUAAGGAACCUGUGGAUUCAAUGGGUUCCAAGUCCUCCCCUUCCAGUACCAUCCCCGUUGUUUCCACCUUCAGUUCCCCUUUUGAUAGUUCUCCAAUCGAUGCAAGCUCUUCGACGAGGAAGCCUCUUAGUCUAUGGCCUGGAAUGUAUAAUUCUCCUGUGACAAACGCUCUCUGGGAAGCAAGAUCAAGCAUCUUUGAGAGGCUGAUUGACCCGCCAAAAGACGCCCCUCCACAGAGUGAAUUGCUCACAAAAACUCCAUCGCAGAGCCGAACCAGUAUUCUUUACAACUUUUCCACUGACUAUGUCCUUAGAGAGCAGUACAGAGAUCCAUGGAACGAGGUCAGGAUCGGAAAAUUGCUCGAAGACCUUGAUGCCCUUGCGGGGACCAUAUCUGUCAAGCAUUGUUGCAAUGAUGAUAGCACAACAAGGCCUCUCAUAUUGGUAACUGCAUCAGUUGAUAAAAUGGUUCUGAAGAAACCAAUUCGUGUUGACACUGAUUUGAAAAUAGCUGGUGCUGUCAUAUGGGUUGGGCGUUCGUCUAUUGAGCUUCAACUCGAAGUGACUCAGUCCACAGAAGAGACCUCUCAUCCUUCAGACCCAAUAGCUCUUACAGCAAACUUCACAUUUGUGGCUCGUGACUCUAAGACAGGAAAAUCUGCUCCAGUGAAUCGUCUUUUGCCUGAAACUGAACAAGAAAAGAUGCUCUGGGAAGAAUCUGAAGAGAGAAACAAGUCAAGGAAGAGGAAGAUAGAACAUAAAAGGGACCUUGCAAAUGGGGAAGUAGAUCGCCUUGAAGCUUUGUUGGCUGAAGGACGGGUCUUCUGUGAUAUGCCCGCUUUGGCAAACAGAGAUAGCAUCCUUAUGAGGGAUACCCACCUUGAGAACUCUUUGAUUUGCCAGCCACAGCAAAGGAACAUUCAUGGUCGAAUAUUUGGAGGGUUCUUGAUGAACAGAGCAUUCGAAUUGGCAUUUUCAACAGCUUAUGCCUUCGCUGGUGCAAUGCCCUGCUUUCUAGAAGUUGAUCAUGUCGAUUUCCUAAAACCUGUUGAUGUUGGAGAUUUCCUGCGCUUCAAAUCGUGUGUUCUCUACACAGAACUUCACAACCCAGAGCAGCCUCUCAUCAAUAUUGAAGUUGUAGCUCAUGUUACAAGACCAGAACUCAGAUCUAGUGAGAUAUCAAAUACAUUCCACUUCACAUUCACUGUGCGUCCUGAUGCGAUGAAAAAUGGAUUGAAGAUUCGGAAUGUUGUUCCAGCAACAGAAGAGGAGGCACGGCGGGUGCUUGAACGCAUGGACGCUGAGAACUCAUAAUUUGUUUAGCCAUGAGUAAAUUAAUUUUACUAGGGAAGACAAGAUAAAGAGAAAUUAGAACAUCUUGAAGAUUUAUUAUGUAGCAAGAUAGCAUUAUCUUACCUUGAGAUAUUAAAAUGAACUAUAGCUUGACCUGAUUUCAGGAUUGGAAACUUAAUGGCAUCAUGUACAAGUUGCAAAAUGUCAUCAAUGCAUUGUAUAUCCUGUCAUUCUUAGUUGAAUCCUCUAGGGUUCUCUUAAUUACUGGGCCAAUCACAAAUACCAGGUUAACUCCAUAUACAAGUCCCACAUGGCAGGCUUAUGCGGCAUUUCAUGAUUGGCCCAGUACCUGAGUUGUACAAAUCAGCAGCUCAAUCUAUUAUAAUGGUUGUUCUCAUUA